AUGGAAUCCCUUACUAAAGUUUCAAUGUCAGUUUGUCCAUUUGUUAAGUCUACUUCAACCCAAGCUUUACGUCAAUUGAGUAAAACUUCAGGUGCCUUAGCUAGACAAGCUCGCCAAUGUCCAAUUGUCGGAGGUGCAAUCAAGGCUAAAGAAAUCUCAACUAGAAACUAUUCAUCCGCUACUAAGCCAGUUGGUGCAACUGCUGCUUCUCGUGUUGAUCCAAAAUCAACUACUUUUAACACUCCUCCACCAAGUCAAUUUCCUUCUCAAGAAGUUGCAUUUGAUUAUGAUGGGUAUUUGAAUGAUGAGUUGAACAAAAAAAGACAAGACAAAUCAUACCGUUUUUUUAAUAACAUCAAUCGUUUAGCCGAAGAAUUCCCAAAAGCCCAUCGUGCUCAAGAAGAAGAUAAAGUCACUGUUUGGUGUUCUAACGAUUACUUGGGUAUGGGUAAGAACGAAAAAACUUUGAAUGAAAUGAAACGUGUAUUGGAUAAAUACGGGUCCGGUGCUGGUGGUACCAGAAACAUUGCAGGACAUAAUACCCAUGCCAUCAAAUUGGAAUCUGAAUUAGCUGCUUUACACAAACAUGAAGCUGCUUUGGUUUUCAGUUCUUGUUUUGUUGCCAAUGAUGCUGUUUUAUCAUUAUUGGGUCAAAAACUUAAAGAUUUGGUUAUUUUCUCUGAUGAAUUGAACCAUGCUUCAAUGAUUCAAGGCAUAAGAAAUUCUAGAGCUACCAAGCACAUUUUCAAACACAAUGACUUGAAGGAUUUAGAAGCCAAAUUGGCCCAAUAUCCAAAAUCCACCCCAAAGUUGAUUGCAUUUGAAUCUGUUUACUCCAUGUGUGGUUCCAUUGCCCCAAUUGAAGCCAUUUGUGAUUUGGCUGAAAAAUACGGUGCCUUGACUUUCUUGGAUGAAGUCCAUGCUGUUGGUAUGUACGGUCCUCAUGGUGCUGGUGUUGCUGAACAUUUGGACUUUGAAGCUCAUUUGAAACUGGGUAUCCAAAAUCCAGAAAACUUGACCACUGUUAUGAGUAGAGUUGAUAUGGUUACUGGUACUUUGGGUAAAGCUUAUGGUGUUGUUGGUGGUUACGUUACUGGUAAGACCAACUUGAUUGAUUGGUUUAGAUCUUAUGCCCCAGGUUUCAUUUUCACCACCUCUUUACCACCAGCUAUCAUGGCUGGUUGUUCUGCAUCCAUUCGUCACCAAAGAUCCACUUUACAAGAUCGUAUUGCUCAACAAAAGAACACUAGAUAUGUUAAAAAUAACUUGAACGAUAUUGGUAUUCCAGUUAUUCCAAACCCAUCCCAUAUUGUUCCAGUUUUGGUUGGUAAUGCUGCUGAUGCUAAACGUGCUUCUGAUUUAUUGUUGGAAAAACAUAACAUUUAUGUUCAAGCUAUUAAUUUCCCAACUGUUCCAAUUGGUCAAGAAAGAUUGAGAAUUACCCCAACCCCAGGUCAUGGUGAAGAACUUUCUAACCAAUUGAUCAACUCAUUAGAAUCUGUCUUUAACGAAUUGAACUUGAAGAGAAUCAAUGAUUGGGAAAAACAAGGUGGAUUAUGUGGUGUUGGUGUUGAAGGUGCCGCUGAAGUUGAACAUAUUUGGACUGAUGAACAAUUAGCUUUAACAGAUGCUGAUUUGAAUCCAAAUGUUGUUGAACCAGCCAUCACUCCACUUCGUGUUUCCUCAGGUAUUUUGUAA